ACCUCCAUCGACUACCCUCCUCCUGCUCCUUUCAUAUGCCCUGACUUACGAACCAAAAACACAGAAGAAAGAUGGUUCCCAGAGAUAAGGAUUGGUCAUACAACUUUUCUCACCAUUAACAAUUCUUAUCACAUCUCUGAUGCUGCUGAAGAAGACCAGGUUUUACGUUCUCACCAUCUUCGCUUGCUUCUUGGGUGCAACAAUAAUGAAGAAGGUGAAGGACACGAAAUCUACUGCAACGCUUGUCGUAGCUUUAAAACUGGUACGAUCUAUUACUUUUGCAACGACUGUCAAAAUUCUUAUCACAAAGAAUGUGUCGAGUCUCCUCCUAUUUUCAUUUCCCCUUGCCACCCAAAAUACCCUCUUCAGCUUUUUAAAUAUGAUCGUGGCGUCACCGUAAAGGAAUGUCAUUCUUGUGGAAUGGGGUUUUCGGGAUUGUUUUAUCAUUCUUCAAAGUGGGGUCUUUCUUUGGAUCCUGUUUGUGCAAAUAAACGAGAGUUUUCUGCUAUAAACAAUCUCAAAAGGCAUGAGCAUACCCUCCACUACUUCCCAAAACAAGCCUCGGUUACUUGUGACGUUUGUGCAUCAAAUGAUAACAAAUGUUGCUUCUACAUUUGUCUUCAGUGCGACUUUGUAGUCCAUCGAACGUGUAUCGACUUGCCACGCGUUAUACUAAUACCUUUUCACAACCAUCGUCUUUCUUUUGCUUACUCUCUUCCUUCCGAGGAUUGGUCUUGCGGAGUUUGUCGCCGGAAGAUGAAUGAAAACUAUGGUGCAUAUUCUUGCACAAAGAGCUGCGCUUAUGCAGUGCACUCCAGGUGUGCGACUCAGCGUGAUGUAUGGGAUGGGAAAGAACUUGAGGACGAACCAGAGGAGGUACUGGUACAUGAUAAUGUUCAGUCGUUUGAGGAGAUAGGUGACGGUGUUAUACGGCAUUUUAGCCACGCGCACCAUCACAUGAGACUCGUUGAUGAAGAUGAUACUGAAAGAGUCUUUGAUGGGAAACAAGUUUGUCAAGCGUGCAUGCUUCCUCUCUGUGAAGGUAAUGUUUAUAGCUGUAUGCAGUGUGAUUUCGUUUUGCAUGAAGAAUGUGCAAAUCUCUCUCGCUUAAAAUACAGCGUGGUGCAUCCCCACAGGUUGAUUCUAAAACCGACGCCUCCUAUAGAAACGUACUUAGCGUGUCCGUUUUGCGGUGAGUUCUCUUGCGGUUUCAGAUACAUGUGUGUCGAAGGGUGUGACAGUUACUACGUGGACGUAGUAUGUGCCUCUUUACCUGAUCUCCUCAAUCAUCCAUCUCAUCCACAUCCGUUGUUCUUAAUCUACAGGCGAGGAACUAGUCAAAGCUGCUCGAUAUGUUUUUCACCAGAGAAUCGCUGUUUAAACUGUGUUAAGUGUAACUUUAUCUUGUGCUUUCGCUGUGCCAAUCUUCCUUACAAGACGAAGCAUGAGCAUGAUGAGCAUAUUCUCACCCUUACUUAUGAGAAGAAUGCAACCACUCCUUAUUGGUGCCAAGUUUGCGAGAAAACAACAGAUCCGAGGAAAGGAUACUACGCAUGCAAUGAGUGUGGUGUCACGUUCCAUAUCGAUUGUAUAUUAGGUAAGAACCCUUAUAUGAAGGCUGGACAAACUCUGUAUCACAUUGAUGGGUUAACGAUUGAGCUUAUUCCCAACACUCGUCUUAGUCGACCCUUGUGCAAAAGAUGCCAUAGACGAUGUCAACACAAGAUCAUGUACAAAACAUCUCGUGGAGAUACUUUUUGUACGUUUUUCGAGGUGAAACCUAGGGGGCAAAGUCUUGCACAAAGCGAUGUUUUUGUAAUGUUUUUCGAGGCGCAAAAGCGAGGUUCGGUGGGGAGAUCGAUAGAUGUCAACCGUUACAUAGGCUACGAUGAGUUGAGGCAUGAUCUAGCUCGCAUGUUUGGGAUCGAAGGACAGCUUGAGGAUCCGAAAACAUCAUACUGGAAUCUUGUCUACGUCGAUCAUGAAAACGACAUCAUUCUCGUCGGCGAUGAUCCAUGGGUAGAGUUCAUAAACUGUGUUCAGAGCAUAAAGAUAAUUCCAUCAGCUGAGAUUAAACAGAUGAGCAUGGAC